ACAUAUAAUUCCACUGUCUAAUCAAUACAUGUCCUGAAUUGUCAAAGGCGUCAACCAUAUUCUUUCUUCUUAGUCUUGUUGCUCUUUCCAAUUUUCUCUCAACAUAUCAUCAUUUUUUCUCUCCACCUCCUAAUAUAAAUACUCACAAAUUUUGAACCUUUUUUCCAUUCAUUCAUUUCUUCACACAACACAACUCACACAUAUUAUUAAUUAACACUAAGUUUAGUAAUAUUUAAGAAUAGUUGAUAAUUAUCAAGUAUGGCUGAAGAACAAUUUCAAGUUAGUGGAAAUUGGUGGGAGACACCGGCUAGAAACAUGAGAUUUGAAAGUGUUGAACAACAACAGCAGCAACAACAACAACAAUCUUCCUCGUUUGGUGGUUGGCAGCAACAACAUCAUGAUACCAUGUCCGCUUCCGGUAGUUCUUCGGUGAUUUUUCAUGAUACUACUCAAAAACUUCAACCUUCAGAUUCUUCUACUUCAAAUAAUGACAACAAUAACUUGCAUAUGAUGAAUUUGGGACUUUCGUCUCAAACCAUUGAUUGGAAUCAAGCAUCUUUACUAAGAAGUGACAAGGCUUCAGAAGGAAGUUUCAGGUCUAUGCUACAAGAGAAUUUGAACUCAUCAAGCACGAAUUUCGAUCAAGAAACUGGUGGAGUUGGAUUGAGUAAUUGGAGGCAAGAAAAGUUGUUUUCGACUGAAUCUUCGAACAACGAAUUCAAGCAAGUGAAUAGAGGUUUCUCUUUGGAUCAAACACAGUUUAGUCCUCAAUAUAGCUCAGGAGAUAGUAACAUGAUAAGCCAAAUGGACUCUUCAGCUUUAUAUGGUAACCCUUCAAUGUUACAAGGACUUUUAGGAACUGAAACCAAUCAAAUUCAACCUCAACAUGGUAAUAAUUCAUUCGAGAAUCAUCGUUCGAUGAAUUUUCCUUACUCGUCAACAAGCUAUGGUUUGAGUUCAAAUGAUUUAGUUCCUUCUUGGUCUAAACAACAACAUCAACAACCAAAUAACCAGUUGCAUUUCACCAACAAUGCUCCAUUUUGGAAUGCUUCAGAGUCUACUCUUAAAGAUUCAUCAUCAAGUUUCUUGCCUCCAUUUACCACACCGAAUUCUGGUGCACAAACGAAGAAUAUAUCUGAAGGUAGGGACCCAAGUGGUGUGGUGAAGAAAAGUGGGAGUGAGCCUGCACCAAAAAGGUCCAGAAAUGAAACCCCAUCACCUUUGCCAGCUUUUAAGGUGAGAAAAGAGAAAAUGGGGGACAGAAUCACUGCACUUCAACAAUUGGUUUCACCUUUCGGAAAGACUGAUACAGCCUCAGUGCUCUCCGAAGCAAUUGAAUAUAUCAAGUUUCUUCAUGAACAAGUGACUAUUUUAAGCACACCGUAUAUGAAAAAUGGUCCUCCAAUCCAACAUCAACAGGGUUCUGGUAAAUCUAAGGAAGUAGAGGGUCCAAGGCAAGAUCUUAGAAGCAGAGGGUUAUGCUUAGUACCAGUUUCUAGUACAUUUCCAAUGACUCAUGAACCCACAGUUGAAUAUUGGACACCAACAUUUGGAGGAACUUUCAGAUAAUUAAUAAAUGUUUUUGAAGAAAAAAAAAGUGGCACGGAACCAAUACUUGGCUACUAGGACAUGUCUUAUCCCAAAACAUUGUCAAGUUGGUAAUGAUAUGAUGAAUGAAAAGAAACAACACACAAGGCCACUUAGUCAUGUAAAGUUUGUUAUCUAUGCAAAAAGAGACUAGAAAAUGUCUUUAAAGAAGAAGAAAGGAAAAAGAAAUGACCCCUUUCAAAGAAAGGAGUUAAGAUUCUCUUCAUUUUAGGGUUUCCGCAUAUAUGCAAUUAGUUAUUCGAUCUGAAUUCAAUGACAUAUAUUUCACUCUUACAUUAACUUUUUUUUAAAUAAUUAAUUUUAAAAUAUAUGUUAUUUGAUCUCAGUUUAAUAUUUAUCGAAGAAAUCUACUAGAUAGAUUCGAGAAGAAUAGAUUGAGGGACAAUUUCGGAGGACCAUUUUGAAUAUCACAUUAUUUAAGUUGUUGUAAUAAUUGAAAGAUUAUAUGCUUACAAAAAGUGGGAUUAUAAGUAUGAGAAAGUUGGUGAAUAUAGGGAGGUUCUAAUUCUAAAGAAGACUGAAAAUUGUUGUUAACAAAAAAGAUAAAGGAGCUUUUGCUCUAAUUUAUUCUUGUUAUUAUUAUACAUAUUGUGAAUAUAGGUGAAAAUGAAAGUACCUUUAGUUGAA